AUGAAUGCCCCCCCGUUGUUGUUUGGCAGCACCGCCUUACGACGACCUCCCGCUCUGCUCUACUCUGUACAACCCGUGCUUUCCUCUAACGCUCUCCAGGCCUACCACUCCAUCUUCCUCGAGGACCGGGAUGUCCCCGUAAUAGGCAAUUUCCCCGUCCUCCCCCUCCGCACUCGGACUCGCGGCCCCGCAUAUACUCUCCCCGCGCUGCCCGCCGAUGUCUCCGAGCUCGACGUGCCCCCCGACAGCGAGUCGUACGACUGUGUAGACGAGAUGCUCUCGCUGUUCCGCGCAAAUGUGCUCUUCCGGAACUUUGAGAUCAACGGGCCCGCCGACCGCAUGCUGAUCUACGGUACCUUGUUCAUCAGCGAGUGCCUGGGGAAGGUCAAGCCGGGCAUGACCUCCCGUGAGGCUGAGAAGGCUCUGAUUAAUGUUUCGCUGGAUCAUUUCGCUAUCCCCGGUGACGUGGCAUUCCCUCUGAACCAGGCGUUCGAGCCGCCUCGAGAUCGCCAGGAUGCGGAGACACUGAGAGCAUAUCUUUCCCAGGUUCGACAGGAGAUCGCGAUCCGACUACACUCUCGGAUGUACGGUGGUGAGGAGGGCCCUUCGAAGUGGUGGCUUAGCUUUGCGAAGAGAAAGUUCAUGGGAAAGAGCCUGUAG